CCAUCAGGAAGGCCCCGCCUCAGAGCACCCCAAACCGGACACCAUGAAGAUCCCAAUUCUUCCUGUCGCCCUCGUGGCUCUCAUCUCUCUUCUGGCAUUGCAAGCUGCCCAGGGAGCAGCCCUGGGGCAUCCUAAGGAAGAUACCACCUACAGUAAUUACCCUGCUGAAACAGAGGGCCUUAACAAUGAGUUCCUGAACUUUAACAAGCUAGGAUCUGCCUUUAAGUCAGAAGACUUCCUCAACUGGCACGUCAUCUCCGAUAUGUUCAAAAAGGCUUUUCCUUUCAUUAACUGGGAAUUCUUCCCUAAGGUGAAAGGACUGAGAAGCGCAGUUCCUGAUUCCCAGUGACCGUUCUCUUUAAGACCUAGGACCUAGGAUGGCUCCACUAGAAGAGGAGGCAAGCGUGGAAUCCGAAGACCAUCCUACGACAAAUCUCCCCUGGCUCGGUUCCUCCAAUAAAGUGUUUUCCACUCAAGUGGCUCCU